GCCUGGGCCCUGGCGAAGUCUCCUCCCUUCUUCUGCCCGAUGAGUCAAAUUUCGCAGCCCUUUUUCCGCCCCACCGAGCAGCUCGCUUCCUUCUCUCUCGCCUUCCUCGCUGCCUGGCUGCAGAUCCCGAGCCUGAUCCCUCCGCAGAAAGAGAGCGUUUAGUCAUUCAAGAUGCCUCACCAAUACCCAGCCUUGACUCCUGAGCAGAAGAAGGAGCUGGCAGAAAUUGCCCACCGUAUUGUGGCACCUGGCAAGGGCAUCCUCGCUGCAGACGAAUCCACCGGCAGCAUUGCCAAGCGCCUGCAGUCCAUUGGCACCGAGAACACCGAGGAGAACCGCCGCUUCUACCGGCAGCUGCUCUUCACCGCCGAUGACCGUGUCAACCCUUGCAUCGGAGGCGUCAUCCUCUUCCAUGAGACCAUGUACCAGAAAGCCGACGACGGCCGCCAGUUCACCAAGGUCAUUAAGGACAAAGGUGCCGUUGUGGGCAUCAAGGUUGACAAAGGUGUUGUGCCCCUUGCUGGGACUAAUGGAGAGACCACCACCCAGGGUCUGGAUGGCUUGGCUGAACGCUGUGCCCAGUACAAGAAGGAUGGCGCUGACUUUGCCAAGUGGCGCUCUGUCCUGAAGAUCACUCCAACCACUCCUUCUCGCCUGGCCAUCAUUGAGAAUGCCAAUGUACUUGCCCGUUACGCCAGCAUCUGCCAGCAGAAUGGGAUUGUUCCUAUUGUGGAACCUGAAAUCCUCCCUGAUGGUGACCAUGAUCUCAAACGGUGCCAAUAUGUGACAGAAAAGGUCCUGGCUGCAGUGUACAAGGCCCUGAGCGACCACCACAUCUACCUGGAGGGCACCCUGCUCAAGCCAAACAUGGUGACCGCUGGCCAUGCCUGCACCCAGAAGUACUCCGCUGAGGAAAUUGCCAUGGCAACUGUUACCGCUCUACGCCGUACUGUGCCCCCAGCUGUGCCUGGAAUCACCUUCCUGUCUGGUGGCCAGAGCGAGGAGGAGGCCUCCAUCAACCUGAAUGCCAUCAACAAGUGUCCCCUGCACAAGCCAUGGGCCCUGACCUUCUCCUAUGGCCGUGCCCUGCAAGCUUCUGCCCUCAAGGCCUGGAGUGGCAAGAAGGAGAACCUCAAGAAUGCCCAGGAGGAAUACAUCAAGCGUGCUUUGGCCAACAGCCUUGCCUGCCAAGGCAAAUACGUUUCAUCUGGCCAAACCGGAGCUGCAGCCAGCGAGUCCCUCUUUGUAUCCAACCAUGCUUAUUAAAAUCAGAGGCUUGGAUGCACUGUCUGCUUCCUUUUGUUGUAACAUUGUGCCUGAGCUACUGUGAUGUCCGUUGUUUGUUCUUCAAUUCUGCCUCAAUCUCCCCUCACCACUCCCUUCCUGCCUGCUUCUCUUGUGAGGAAAAGUGGAAAUCUUUGCCUUGCCUUGAAACACCCAGAAGUCUUGGCUCCCUCUUUCCCCCUAUUCAUUCUCCCACCCCACCCUCUGUAUGCCUUUCUGUGUGAUGUCCAGCUUCUCCUGGUGACUGACGACACUCCUGGUCCGUGCCUGAAACACCAAAAUAUCUCCGGAGCUGGGAUACCUGACUCACGGACCUCUAGAAAUAAAGAGUAUAUAUUUAAACGUUAAAA